AUGUUGAAAGUUGAUGAGGAUGAUGAUGAUGAUGAUGAUGAUGAUGAUGAUGAUGAUGAUGAUGAUGAUGAUGAUGAUGAUGAUGAUGAUGAUGAUGAUGAUGAUGAUGAUGAUGAUGAUGAUGAUGAUGAUGAUGAUGAUGAUGAUGAUGAUGAUGAUGAUGAUGAUGAUGAUGAUGAUGAUGAUGAUGAUGAUGAUGAUGAUGAUGAGAUGAUGAUGAUGAUGAUGAUGAUGAUGAUGAUGAUGAUGAUGAUGAUGAUGAUGAUGAUAUGA